AUCAUUGGACAAGAUACAGAUCGCCCGCCUCAUGAUCAUUCCCCCCCCCCGUCGUGUCGAUCGCUGAUGCGGAGAGGAACAAGGUAGGUUGGCCUUUGAAUAUCAUCCGAGCAUGCAUUGUGAACUUACAUUGCACUCACCACACGGCCGACGGGCCGAUCAGUCAAGUCAAUUCACUCAAUCAACUCGGCUCUUGAGCGGAGAUCCCAACUGCUUUUUAUCUCCUCAUUCCUUCUCCUCCGUCUUCCCCUUUCAUUUGGGUCGCAAUGGAUGGCAGUGCUGGCGAUGUGGUUCUUGGCGAUUGAUAGUCCCUGAGACCAUCGAACGCAUAGCCUCAUUAUCUGGACUGCUAAAAAGCAAUUCUGCCUCUGCACGGUAUCCAUCCGACGUGUUCCUGUUCAAUCGUCGCGGUGCCAAGAACCAGCUAUGCAUCACUGAAGCAGAUGAUCGACGGCGAUCCUCGUCCAAAUCAGGAACUCCCGUUUCUCCUAUCGCGAGCGAUUUCUCAGCCGAACGUAAGGCAAGGCAAGGAGAGAAGAAGGAAUGUGAUCGAGAGCGGAGUACGGGAUAAGUCGGUAGCCGCGGGAUGGAGAGGAGGUGUUUCUAUUAGGGAGCGGGUUGCAUCCUCAACCGGCCAGACCUUUCUUUUCCCGCGGCGGUAUUAUGGCUGUGUUCUCUCUUGGCAAAGGUAAGCUGCUCCGGUCGUCACACCAGAGGGGGGGUGGGAAGGCGAAGUCAUCGGACGUUGCCAAGCAAUGCUGUGGAAUGUUGCCGUGGCCGGUCAGAAGAGAGAAGUUGAGUAAGGGGCAGUCGGACGGGGGGGACAGUCUUUGCUUUUCAACUCCCAG